AUGACUUCUGACCAUUGCAGUUCCCUCCUCGGCGAGCAGGUUUCAGAGGCCAACGCUGCCUCCCUGUGCCUCUUGGCUAAUGCGGCACAUGCCAACCGAGUCCGUGUGGGGUCGACUCCCCUGGGCCGCCCCAGCCUCUGUCUGCCCCCAACCUGCCACACCGCUUGUCCCUUGCCAGGGACCCGCCACAUUCCUGGCAACAUUGGAAUCUGUGGGGCCUACAGCGAAAACACCCUGAACGGACACGAGAAGGAGACUAUGCAGUUCCUGAACGACCGCCUGGCCAACUACCUGGAGAAAGUGCGCCAGCUGGAGCGGGACAAUGCAGAACUGGAGACCAAACUCCGUGACAGGAGCAAGUGCCAUGAGUCCAGUGUGUGCCCGGACUACCAGUCCUACUUCUGCACCAUCGAGGAGCUCCAGCAGAAGAUUCUGUGCACCAAAUCGGAGAACAAUAGGCUGGUUGUGCAAAUAGACAAUGCCAAACUGGCCGCGGAUGACUUCAGGACCAAGUAUGAGACAGAGUGCUUGCUGCACCAGCUGGUGGAGGCUGACAUCUGUGGCCUGCGCAGGGUGCUGGACAACCUCACCCUCGCCAAGUGUGACCUGGAGGCCCAGCUGGAGUCCCUGAAGGAAGAGCUGCUUUGCCUCAAGAAAAACCAUGAGCAGGAAGCCCGCACUCUGAGGGGUCAGCUGGGAGACAAGCUCCGGAUUGAGCUGGACAUUGAGCCCACCAUUGACCUGAGUAGGGUGCUGGGGGAGAUGCGAGGCCAGUAUGAGGCCAUGGUGGAGACCAACCGCCAGGAUGUGGAGCAGUGGUUCCAAGCCCAGUCUGAAGGCAUCAGCCUGCAGGCCAUGUCCUGCUCCGAGGAGCUGCAGUGCUGCCAGUCGGAGAUCCUGGAGCUGAGACGCUCGGUGAACGCCCUGGAGGUGGAGCUUCAGGCUCAGCACACGCUGAAGGACUGUCUACAGAACUCCCUGUGUGAAGCUGAGGACCGCUACGGCACAGAACUGGCCCAGAUGCAGAGCCUCAUCAACAAUGUGGAGGAACAGCUGUCUGAGAUCCGGGCCGACCUGGAGCGGCAGAACCAGGAGUACCAGGUGCUGCUGGACGUGAAGGCCCGGCUGGAGAAUGAGAUUGCCACGUACCGGAACCUUCUGGAGAGUGAGGACUGCAAAUUUCCCUGCAACCCAUGUGCGACCCCAGCCUUCAGCACUGCCAGUCCAGCCCCAGCAGCCUGUGCCCCCUGCUCCCGGGCAACCCAUGGGCUCUGCUCAUCAACUGGAUACUGACACACUCCUCAGCCCAAGGUGCUGGGAAAGGGGAGGUGUCUUCAGCUCGUUAGGCUCUGCUCUGCAGGCCUGCUACCUGGGCCUUGCCUCCUUGGCCAGCCAGGCAGGAGACUGAAGAGAGACAGUGCCACUCUGUGGAUAGGUGUUUGAGUCCAGCAGCUCAGCCCCUAUGACUGAAUUUGUGUUUCUUCCCCUCAAGGUGUCUCGAGUGCGCCAUUUUCUCUCUUCUGUUGCCUCCUGAUCUCUCUGAGAUGGGGCAGGCACCCUUGUUUUUAUUUUGCUAUUAAACUUUGCUUCUGUAGCAGAAUGAGCCCAGCGCAGUCUGGCCUCAGCAUCUCCAUCCCAUGCUGAGAGCCUUGCUGGGAACUCUUUGAGCCACAUGCUUCUGUAGACGGGGGUUGUGGCUGGUUCACCAGAGUGGUUCUGGGAGAUGGCAAAGCCAGUGAAGGCUGGAGUUAAAAAUGGGACGCGGCAAAGUGGCACAGAGGAGAGAUACCCAACCUUGGACUUCACC